AAUAAAACCUACGCACACAUACACGCACACACGAGUACAGUCGCAAGUUGCGACUCGCAACGCCAUACAAAAAGUUGGAACUGAGUGGAAUCGGAGCACUAUAUAGUCAGCCGAUCCCUUCCAGAGCGCCGGAAGAGCAGCUCUCACCUGAUCCCACGUCCCCGAGCCGAUGUCGCGCCGGAAAUAGAGCGAUUCGCAGUCCAAACAAGAUGAUAAACCCCAUUGCAUCCGAGUCGGAAGCCAUCAAUUCGGCCACCUAUGUGGACAACUAUAUCGAUUCGGUGGAGAACCUGCCGGACGACGUGCAGCGCCAGUUGUCCCGCAUCCGCGAUAUAGAUGUCCAGUACAGAGGCCUCAUUCGCGACGUGGACCACUACUACGACCUGUAUCUGUCCCUGCAAACCUCCCUGGAUGCCGGGCGACGGUCCAGAAGCAUCUCCAGGAUGCACCAGAGUCUCAUUCAGGCGCAGGAACUGGGCGACGAAAAAAUGCAGAUCGUCAAUCAUAUGCAGGAGAUAAUUGACGGAAAGUUGCGGCAGCUGGACACCGACCAGCAGAACCUGGACCUGAAGGAGGACCGCGAUCGGUAUGCGCUUCUGGACGAUGGCGCGCCCUCGAAGCUGCAACGUCUGCAGAGCCCGAUGAGGGAGCAGGGCAACCAAGCGGGCACCGGCAAUGGCGGCCUGAAUGGAAACGGCCUGCUUUCGGCCAAAAAUCUCUACGCCUUGGGCGGCUAUGCAAGUGGUGUUGUGUCCAGUUCCAUUGCCAUGACCUCCGGCAACUGUAGCGGCUCAACGUCCAACUCGGAGCGCUCAAGCCAUGUCAGUAAUGGCGGCAACAGCGGCUCAAAUGGCAAUGUCAGCGGUGGAGGAGGCGGUGCUGGCGGGGAUCUUCAGCGCACAGGCAGCAAGAGGUCGAGGAGGCGAAACGAGAGCGUUGUCAACAACGGAAGCUCUCUGGAAAUGGGCGGCAACGAGUCCAACUCUGCAAAUGAAGCCAGUGGUAGUGGUGGUGGCAGUGCCGAGCGCAAAUCCUCGUUGGGCGGUGCCAGUGGAGCGGGACAAGGACGCAAGGCUAGUCUACAGUCGGCUUCCGGCAGUUUGGCUAGCGGCUCAGUAGCCACGAGCAGUGGAGCAGCUGGAGGUGGUGGUGCCAGCGGAAGCGGAGCCGGCGUAGUCGGUGGCAACAACUCCGGCAAGAAGAAGAAACGCAAGGUACGCGGAUCUGGGGCUUCAAAUGCCAAUGCCAGUACGCGCGAGGAGACGCCUCCGCCGGAGACCAUUGAUCCGGACGAGCCGACCUACUGUGUCUGCAAUCAGAUUUCUUUCGGCGAGAUGAUCCUGUGCGACAACGACCUGUGCCCCAUCGAGUGGUUCCAUUUUUCGUGCGUCUCCCUGGUGCUCAAACCAAAGGGCAAGUGGUUCUGCCCCAACUGCCGCGGAGAACGGCCAAAUGUAAUGAAACCCAAGGCGCAGUUCCUCAAGGAACUGGAGCGCUACAACAAGGAGAAGGAGGAGAAGACCUAGUUUAUUAGGCCAGCGAUCCCAGCCCAUUGCUCUGUGUCAAACACCAGGCUCUGUAAAAUAUUCGAUCCUAAGAUUUACCUUUAUGUAUAUUUAAUGACUUUCUUAUACCCGAUCCUUUUUCGACUUCCUCGUCUUUCAUCCAGUUUAGAUACCCUGCUUCUGUGGUUAAAGGUCGUCAGUUUUCAUUUAAAGUUUCUGUACAAAUAAUACCUUUCUCGAUGUAAUCACACACACACAUACACACACAAACUCGUAUAAUUAGAGUACACCUAAACUUAAUUUACGGUAAUAAACGUUGAUAUUCAAAA